AUGUCCGCGAACGCCGCCUUCAACGCCAACGCUUCAUUCUUUGACCGCCAUCGUCUCUUGUUCGAGUACGACACGUAUGGUCAUCGAGGCCAUCCCAAGACGACCGAGGGGUUUAUUGCAGCGAUGCAGGCGCUGAUGACUGUCAACUCAAGUGCCAUAAGCAGUUACGACCACCUCGCCGCCCUCAUCCAUGUGGCACAACCAAACACCAGCUUGAUCAAAAACCAAAGGCAACCCCUUCUUGGGGCUCCGACGCACACAACGCAGCAGUCGCAGGGUUCGGCUACCGCCGCCGAACUGCCUUCGCUCUUCCACCGGUACAACCCUGAUCAACCACUGACAUCACCUCCACCCGCAUCAGUUCAACCAGCGCACGGCUUAGCCUCUAUGGGGCACCCAUUCCAUGCAAGCACUGUCCUCGUCGACCCUAUCACCACCCCCACCAACAAAGUAGCAAUCCCUUCUCUUGUCCCCCCAAAGCAUCUUCCACAGCGACCAUAUGGAAUGAAUCCCCAACCACACAGCCAAACUGCCGGCCAUCCAAACGUGCACACUCAGCCGCAGCCCCAAUCAUCCCAAGCACCUUCUCAAGCAACAACCACACCCCUACUUGACAGCUCACUGCGCGUCAUGCGAGGUCGUAAAGUCGACUUGGCCCAAAAAAUCGAGCAGCUUGUGGGUCCCAAGUUUGGCCGCGUUGUGGGUCCGUCGAAUCACAACCUUCCGACAAGCAUCAAACGCCGCCUCGACGCGUACUAUCGUCUAGACGACCGGAAAGAAGCGUUGUACCAGCUCCUCAGAGCCGAGUACGUGGCGCUACAACGGGGGCGGCAGCACCUCCAGCCGGCCCAGGGGCGGUAGUCUAGCAUGCAAACAGCACCAAGCUUGUACGGUCUUUUAUUAUUUACUCGGACGACGACAUGAAGUCGUCCAUGACGUUUCGCACAGUGUCGUUGUCGGAAAAGAACAGACUGGGGUCCGCGGCCGACGUCGCUGUCGUGGCGGACGAAGUGCUGGUGGCGUUGGUCGUCGUCGCCACGGUGGAAUAUGGAAACCCUUGGG